AUGGCUGAGGAGAACGAGACUUCAUCGUCCACUAUGAAUAUCAAAUUGGAGUCAUUGGUUUUGGAUGAGUCCAACAAACAAGGAGCACUCGGCCUUACAAACUCCACCAUUGAAGCGGUUACGUCCGGGGACACUCCAUAUACCUCGGCCAAGAGAUUCGAAGACUUGAACUUGUCGCCUGAAUUGCUCAAGGGGCUUUAUGUUGAGAUGAAGUUUGAGCAACCUAGCAAGAUUCAGGCUAUCAGCUUACCCAUGAUCUUAACUCCUCCUUACAACAAUUUAAUAGCUCAAGCUCAUAAUGGAUCCGGGAAGACCACUUGCUUCGUGCUUGGUAUGUUGAGCCGAGUUGAUCCCGAUGUCCCUCAACCUCAGGCUCUCUGCAUUUGCCCCACCAGGGAGUUAGCCAUUCAGAAUAUGGAAGUGCUUCUGAAGAUGGGGAGGUUCACUGGGAUAACCUCAGAAUUAGCCUUACCAUCUGAUCAAGCAAACUACAUGCCAAUACAAAAGAGGCCACCUAUUACAGCGCAAGUAAUCAUCGGCACACCAGGCACAAUCUCUAAAUGGUUGCAGCUCAAGAAAUUGGGUUUGAGUAAAAUGAAGAUUCUUGUGUUCGAUGAGGCAGACCGCAUGUUGGCAAUGAGUGGAUUCCGAGAUGAAUCAAUCAAGAUAAUGAAGGCUAUUGCUAAAUCCACUUCCAAUUGCCAGGUCCUGUUAUUCUCGGCUACCUUUAAUGAUGUUGUGAAGGGCUUUUCAUCCAAGAUAGCUGGAGAGAUCUUUCAAGGACAACCUAAUCAAAUGUUUGUCAGAAAGGAAGAACUAUCUCUGGAGUGCGUAAAACAGUACAAGGUUCAUUGUCCUGACGAGCUUUCAAAGAUCAUGGUGAUUAAAGACCAAAUACUUGAACUUGGAGAGAGAGUGGGGCAGACAAUUGUGUUUGUCAAAUCCAGGAAUGUUGCAUCUAUGUUGCACCAAGCUUUGGUCAAACAUGGCUAUGGGGUGACUACGAUCCAAGGUGCUCUGACUAUAGAGGACAGGGACAAAAUCAUAAAAGAGUUCAAAAAAGGUCUGACCCAUGUUCUAAUCGCAACUGAUGUUCUUGCUCGAGGUUUUGACCAGGAACAGGUAAAUUUGGUCAUCAAUUUUGAUCUACCUGUGCAAUAUGGUCGUUAUUCUGAGCCUGACAAUGAGGUUUACUUGCACCGGGUUGGUAGAGCUGGGCGCUUUGGCCGCAAAGGUGCUGUGUUCAACUUGCUUUGUCUUGACAGCGAUGAUAUGAUUAUGGACAAGAUUGAGAAACACUUCAACUCUCAGAUUACUGAGGUGGCUCCUUGGAAUAGUCAGGAAGCAUUCGAGGAUGCUCUACGGCGAGCUAGGCUAUUGUGAUUAUGUUUUGAGCAGAUAUUUUUUUAUUGUCAACUGGGAAUGCAUGCUUUGGUCCCCCAACAAAUUUCCGAUUUAG